GGCCGGGACUGCGGGAGAUAAGAUGAACGGCCUACACAGGCGGGGGUAGAUCUACCCAUACAAUCUACAACUAACUUUUUAGUUGUUUUGUUGCAGAGCCUGAGGUGAGGAGUCACGAAUCGAUUGAGGACUGCUUUGUAGGUUUCUACAGAGCCUUUGCUCGUGGUGUGAGGCCCUGUCAAUACCCGACACCAGUUGCAUUUUAGUUCUCGGGACCAAGUUUGGUGAAGCGUUGCGUUCUAAAUCGAAUCUUGCUGCUAAUCUGAGUCUUGAGAAGCCCCUCUCCACUCACAGCAGACAGCGUACAUGGCUAGUACCGAAGUUGCAUCCACGGGGGCCAGCUCUAAUGGUGUGGCGUCCAGUAGCACCAGGCAGCAGGCACCGGGGAUCAUUGCUGCAGGCCCCGCUGCAUCCUCUGCCAUGGCCGUGGCGAACGCACAGCGGAAGAGAGGACCGGGCGACUUCAACCUCACUCAGUUUCUAGGAGAGGGAUCUUUCUCUCGGGUACGUCUUGGUAUAGAGAAGGCCACGGGGAAGGAAGUUGCAGUCAAGAUCGUUGACAAACAGAAGAUCAUCCGUGAAAAGAAGGUUCAGUUUGUCACUGGUGAGCGCGACAUCCUGAGCAAACUGAAGCAUCCGUUUGUCGUGCAGUUGCACUGCACGUUUCAAGAUGAGGCCCGUCUUUACUUUUGUCUCAGUCUGGCUAAGCGCGGAGAGCUGUUUGCCCAUCUUCAGCGCGUUGGCUGCAUGGAUCGCCAGUCUGCACAGUUCUAUGCCGCGGAGAUUGUCCUUGUGUUGGAGUACCUUCGCAGCCAGUGUGUAGUACACAGGGAUCUGAAGCCUGAGAAUAUUCUUCUUGGUCGCGACUGGCACAUUCUCCUCAGUGAUUUCGGAACUGCCAGGGUGCUGCAGUCGGAUGCUGAUUAUGACUCCAGUCCAUCAUCGUUUGUAGGCACGGCACAGUACGUGACGCCUGAGGUACUGCAGAGGAGGCCUAUUGCUUACUCAUCGGACCUCUGGGCACUAGGUUGUAUCAUCUUUCAGUUCUUAGCGGGUACCACUUUGUUCUCUGGACAGAGCGAGUAUGCAAUCUUCAAUCGCAUCGUAGCCUGCGACUUCACCUUCCCGGAUGAUUUCCCCAAGGACACGGAGGACAUUGUCCGCAAACUUGUGGUCAAGGAUCAGAAACAGCGGCUUGGCUGCAGAGAAAUGGGUGACUUUGCUGCUCUCAAGGAGCAUUCCUAUUUCUCCGGAUUUGACUGGGAAAAUGUGGACCAGCGAUCACCACCACCAAUGAAGAGUUCAUUUCCAACACUGGGUCUGGAGAGCCAGACUGACAUCUGGGAGCACUUCUACGCGGCGUCGCAAGACUGGGAGGAGGACCUGCUGGAUGACUUGAAGCUACCCAGUGCUACCACUUGCACUGAUGCUGCUGCUGCUGCUGCUGCUACACCAUGUAACUCCAGUGGCUCCAGCACAUCAGCUAGCGUGGAGCGUGGGCGUACACAGGCUGCUCUGGAUGAACACAAGCGACUCAUCAAGGAGCAGAAGAUCAACUAUCCCAUAUGGCAUCCGUUCUGCAAGAAUGAAGUCAUUCAGCGGACCGCUCCAACCCGCCGUCACAAGGGCUACAAAGUUGAGGAGAGGCAACUCAUUUUGUCAGAGAAGCGACUGUUCUCAGUGGAGCUGUCUGAGCUGGCAGAGAAAGGCGAGAUCAAGCUGGACGCACACUUCCGCUGCGAGUAUUGUCGCGAUGGCAUCGUCAUGAUGCAUGAGGGUACGAAAAGCUUUUGCAUUGAAUUUGAAGACAGCGGCACAGCGAAGGAAUGGAUGGACGUGAUGGACAAACGUGCCGGUAGAUGAUGGUGCUGGUGAUCGGAGUGUGCAUGUGUGUGCGUACGUGUGUGUACGUUUGUACCAAUAUCUCUCUCACUACAUCGCUACGUAUGUACAUCGCUACUCCAUUCCGUGCACCAAUACAGCUUCUACUUUGCCAGGGCUUGGCCUGUACGCUUCUGUGUCACUGUGUGGCUGUGCGCUACUGUGUCGCUGUGUGGCUAUGUUUCAGCCUUACAACAGCAGUAUUCCACUAGACAGUUUGUCAGAGUUAUUGGUGAGACACAGGGACACAUUCUUGAUGCCGGAGCUGCUCCAUCCGUACAUGUCUAAUGCUCCAGCGUAGUUUGUUUCGCGUACCGCGUGCCUGCAUUGUCCGCGUGUCCGUAUAUACAUCUGUAAAGUUGCACUCGCGAGAACCACAGCAGCCGUUACCCCCGUGUAGAAAAUGCACAUCGAUGGUAGCCUCUGUGUGUCAACAGCGCUACCGAUGUGAUGUAUCUUGCACUGUCUGGUGCGACGACAACGCUGUAUGUAGUCUUACCUCCAGCCUGCCUCUGACAGCAUGCCUGCGAACUCACCCUCCUCAUCCUGUAGAAUUACUCUGAUAAUGAGCAGAUGUAAUUAAAAUGUAUCACUGCGCUGCUCCAGUUCGCUCCUCCACUGCACUAUUUCAGUGUGAUGUUCUAAUGCGAUGCUCCUCUGCUCCACUACACUGUGGUGUUCCACAGUGCGAUGCUGCAGUGCCCUGCACCAUAGCGAUGCUCUAGUUUGCUGCGCCACUUCACUACUUCGCUGUGAUGCUCCACAGCACUGCUUCACUGUGCUGCUCCAAUGCGCUGCUCCACCCUUCGUGGACCAUGACUGCCAGGCCUCGUGUUCGUUGGGCACCCUCGUCGCGAUACCGAGUGAGGCGUACCGUGGCCGUUUGCUCCGAUGUUCCUGACUGGCUGCAUGUACGUGGCUGGUACUUGCUAAUUUUUCACCCGCUGCUGAUACUGCUGACACUGCUCAUGCUGACGGUCAUUGAUAUGCUGUCCUCGACUACCUGCCAUGGCUGACUGUGGGCCUCUGUUUUCGUCUGUAUCUCUCCGCGCUGUCCAUGCCAUCCGUGUUGUUCCAAACCAACACCAUUGUUGCAAGCCGCCAUCAUCAUCGGUCGUUGGAGCUGCCAAUCUGUGGCCUACUAGGCUGUAUGCAGCUAGAUACCAAAAACAGUGUGUACGAGUACCUGAACUCACACUAGUAGUAAUUAUAAUAGCCAUACUUGGUAAAGUAGUAAAGUGUAAUGUAGCAGCCAGUGUAUGGUGGUCUCUGAUGUAAUGCUAUGUUUGUAAAGUGUAAUGUAGCAGCCAGUGUAUGGUGGUCUCUGAUGUAAUGCUAUGUUUGUAAAGUGUGAUGUAGCAGCCAGUGUAUGGUGGUCUCUGAUGUAAUGCUAUGUUUGUACCCCACUAUAGUAUUUUGCCCCCCCCCCAUUGCUGAUAAUGAGGUGCACCGGAUCCGUACAUUAUCCACAGGUGCCGAUUGCAAUGCUCUUUGCCGUUGUGUAGAACAUAUUCACCUCCGUUUGAGACCGCAUUUGGCUGUGUUUUGUUUUUGUUUGCCGUAUGAGGCAGGCAAGGGCCGUACGAGGCGAACAUCGCAAUGCUGUGCGAGAUCAUACUCCUAGGAAGUUUAAGUAUUUAACCAUUUCCUUACGCUCAGAGGGUCUUAGUCCAGCCACUCCCCUGUGUGUGCGUGCGUGUGUGUGUGUGUGUUUCUACGUAGUAUAUAUUUGACAUGGUUUGCGGACAUCGCCGUGCUAUUUCCGUCUCUUCUCAUGCUAUUUAUUUUCUCCCAUCAUGUGACCCUGACCUGUAGCCGUCCGUCAACCUUUGACCCAUCCGAUUGGCCAUCACCAUGACAAUUCCUACUAUUUAUCAAAGCUAUUUUUUUCAGUGAUCCUCUCCUAGCCUUUUCUCUACUCUAGGCAUCUUUUUGAUUUCUACAUUUAGCUUUCUUCUUAUAAAAACAUCUCUUCGGUCUUGAAUGACCGCGCUGUUUUGGACCCUGCUGGUAUAGGUUGUUUUGAUUGUUUAGUUCUCGUGCCGUAUUCAUCCUUGGUUGUUUGUAUGGGUGUUGUGGUCAUCCAUGUUCUGAA